UCCAGCCCCCUCGGCGCCUGUAGGUGUUGUUGUUUACAGGUGUCGGUGAUGGCGUCUGGGCCUGCCUGUGUGCCUGGCCUCGGGCGGCGGGCGUGAGGCUCGGGCCCGGCAUGAGGAGAUGGAGGGCAUUGAGUACAGCACCCAGGCCUUCGAGGAGCUGUAUGAGGUGUACGAGGACAUCGGCAGUGGACAGUUUGCAGUUGUGCGCCGGUGUGUGGAGAAGGCAACCCGCAGUGAAUAUGCUGCGAAGUACAUCCGCAAGCGCCGGGUGGCCUCCUCCCGCCGGGGGCUGCCGCUGGAGGUCAUUGCAAGGGAGGUGCGGGUCCUUCAGAGGCUCGACAACCACCAGAAUAUCAUCUCCCUCCACCAAGUGUUCGACAACGCCCAGCAUGUGAUCCUCGUCCUUGAGCUGGUGCGCGGGGGGGAGCUGUUCGAGCGCAUCAGUGAGCGCGAGCGGCUCUCUGAGGAGGAGGCAUCAGCUUUCCUCCACCAGAUCCUGCAGGGAGUGAGCCACAUGCACUCCAAGGGCAUCGCUCACCUCGACCUUAAGCCGGAGAAUGUUCUACUGCUAAGCAAGAAUCGGCAGAACAUCAAACUCAUCGACUUCGGCCUGUCACGGGAGAUCACGCAAACUGAGGAAGUGAGGGAUUUGAUGGGGACGGCAGAGUUCGUGGCCCCGGAGAUUGUCAACUAUGAGCCGCUGUGCCUUGCUACUGAUAUGUGGGCCAUUGGGGUCAUUACAUAUAUCUUGCUGUCCGGUGCAUCGCCCUUCCUCGGGGACACGCAGCAGGAGACCUUCAACAACGUGACAGCGGUGGACUACUCCUUCGACGAGGAGUACUUUGGUAACACCUCGGACCUUGCCAAGAACUUCAUUACCAGCCUCUUGAUGAAGGAUGCGAGGAAGCGCAUGACAGCCGACCAGUCCCUGAACCACCCCUGGAUCAGCCCCCAGUCCAGGCAGCAGGAGGAGGAGCGACGCCAUGCACAAACCAACAUAGACAACUUCAAGUCAUACCAAGCCAGGCGUCGAUGGAAGCACUCGGUCAAGGUGGUAACGCUGUGCAACCGGCUGUCCAGGAGUGCCAAACUAAGGAGCCAGAGUGCCGAGCUGCUGGACACACGCUCCAGUGCCAUAACGCUACAGGAAGACCAGGACUCCAGCUUUGUGCUCUCAGCGAUGGUGGCGGCGGUGGAGGAGGGGAACCUGCCGGGCCUGGAGAAGCUGUUCAGUGUGGCCCAGAACAUCGAUGUCAACAUGGCCAACAAGCACGGAGAGACAGCCAUCCACUUGUCAUGCGGUCUGGGCCAGCUGGAUGCCCUCAAGUUCCUAGUGAAGAAGGGCGGAGGGCUGGAGACCACAGACACCCAAGGGGACACACCGCUCCAUUGGGCUGCCCGCCAAGGCCAUGCACACAUCAUUGCUUACCUUAUUGAGCAAGGAGCACAAAUCAACACACAGAAUAAGAAUGGGGAGACCUGCCUGCACGUGGCCUGCCGGUACGGACACACCAUGGUCGUGCAGAACCUGUGUCUCUGCAACAUGAACAUCGACCUCCAGGAUGACCACGGAGAGACGGCGCUGCACAUUGCGGUCUGGCACGGCUUCCCUCGCAUCGUCCACCACUUGUGUUCCGCCUCGGCCAACACGGAGCUGACGGACAAGGAAAGCCAGACACCGCUACACGUGGCCAGUGGACGGGGCCAUGUGGAGUGCGUGCGUGGCCUGGUGGGUGCCGGGGCCUGUGUUGACGCUCAGGACGGCCAUGGAGCCACGCCCAUCCACCACGCCCUGGCCCGACACCACAUCCAGACGGCCAGAAUCCUCCUCCACGCCGGGGCCAACACUGAUAUUACUGAUGAUGUGGGCGAAGCACCCAUCCAUAUAGUGGCGAGGGAGGGGCUUCUCACCCUUGCCCAGACCCUGUGUGCCUUCGGGUGCAGCGUGGAUGUACCCAACAAGGCGGGAUUGUACCCACUCCACCUGGCGGCCAAGAACGGACACACAGAACUGGUCAGGUGCUUGUGUCUGGCUGGGUGCACAGUGGAGCAGAAGAGCCGCGAGGGUAUCCUGGCAGAGGUGUCGGCGAUGGCGCAGGGAUACGAUGACAUUGCAGACCUCCUCAACAAGCUCAGAGGGGAGCAGCAGCGAGAAGAGUACAUCCAACAGCUCAUCCCCAGUCCAGCCUCCAUCCCACGCAUCAAAGUCAAGUUCCUCGGGCACUCGGGAGCAGGCAAAACGGCCCUCGUGGACACCCUCAAGACCGGGUACUUCUCCUCGUUCUUCCGGCGCAGUAAGAGCAACACCUCCACCACCUCCAUCAGCUCCGUGGGGAAGAGCUCCUCCACCAUGAAGGGCCACUUUGAGAUGGAGUCACCGCUCAGCUCCCGCCAGAACUCCCUCACGUUUGAGCCCUGCGAGAACUACACUAAAGGCAUCGAUGUUCAGCAGGUGAACAUCUCCGGGGUGGGGGAGCUGUCCCUGUGGGAGUUCUCAGGCCACGAGGCGUACUUCCCCGUCUACGAUCACUUCAUCGGCAACACCUCCUGCGUGCACCUGGUGGUGUUCUCCCUCAACCAGCCCUUCGACGUGCAGCUGCAGCAGUGCUCCUUCUGGCUGUCCUUCCUGCAGGCACGCAUUCCACCCAUGGAGCCCCUCAACAUGCGCGGUAAGCCCAGCAAGCCGGCCAAGGUGGCGCUGGUGGGCUCACAUGCUGACUCUGCCCAGUGCCACCGCAACCUGCAGGGGGAGUUUGUUGCGCCUCAGGUCCACUUGCUGCAGGAGAAGCUGCUUGACCUGUUUGGCGAUGUGUUUGAGGUGCACGACACAGUCUUCGUGAUGGACGCCACCGCUCCGGGGUCAGCCGCCGUCCGGGCCCUCAAGCAGUACCUGGCUGACUGCAAGGCCAAGGUCACCCAGGGCUGGAGCGGGGCCAGUGUGGCGUAUGCUGUGGGUGCGGCAGUAAGCGGGGAUGGCUAUACAAUCCUUCAGCCUGACUCGUGUGAGGGAGUGCCACGGGUGACGGGCUUCCUUGGGGCGGUUGUCACCACCCUGGCGGAGUGGAGAGGCUCACUGGGGGAGUUCCCGGUGGUGUCCUGGCCGCAGUUUGUUGACGUGACUCACCAGCGGGUCAACCCUCUGGCCGGGGAGGAGCAUCUGAGGGAGGUGGUGCAGCAGCUUCAGUUGAUGGGCGAGGUUGUGUACCUGAAGGCUGAGGCACAGGACCUGGUGGUGCUGGACCCGGCAUGGCUCACCCACCAGCAGAUUGGCCACCUGCUCUCCACACAGUACGCAGCCCAUGCCAGGGUCACAGGCUGCUACACCGUUGAUGACUUCCAGAUGAGCUUCCCAGAGUGUGAUGCUCUGGAUCUGCUGCAGGUGCUGGAGGCCUUGCACCUCUGCACUCAGUGUGAUAAUGACGGGGAGAUCGAGUACGAGUUCCCGUGCUUCAACCAAGUGGAGACGCUGGACGGACUGUGGGAGAAGGUGGACCCACGUUACACGGAUGGGGUGUAUGGGGGGGUGCGCCUCCGCUCCCCUGCCCCCACACAAUACAUCCUGCCACCCAUCUAUGUCCGACUACAGGUUCAGCUGAGGCGGUCAUGGCAGGAGUACCCCGAGAGGGACACUGACCUCUACCAGUGGUGUGGGGGCUCCAAGUUCUGCUCCGGCCCGCUGGAGGCGCUGCUCACCCUGGAGGAGGGCGGGGAGGCCAUCGAGCUGAAGGUGCGAGGGCCUCCAGAGUCGGGCCCUGUCGCCUUCUUCUUCAUGGAGGAUCUCUUGGCCAUGAUAGAUCAGGUGCUGGUGGAGAUGUGCCCCGGCCUGGUGUUGGAGAAGCAUGUGUUGAGCUCUGAGCAGCUGACCUCACACGCAGCCACUGUCUACGCCUGGCCGCCAGCUGACAUCUACACGUCCCUGCUGGGUGGUGGUGUGCAGGCCACCCUCGGGAACCCCAUCACAGGGAAGGAGGAGGCGUUCACCAGCCUUGUCUGCUUCAGCUCUCAGGAUGUGGUGACCAGCCUGGUGGUUGGCGGGGACAUCCACAUCACUAGUCUGUGCACCGUCACCGUCCAGCGCCUGGCAGCCCUCAUGGACCCGCCACACCCACGUGGCUCAGACUGGUGUGUGCUGGCAGUGAAGCUCGGCCUGCAGCAGCUCCUCCCGUCCCUAGACACAAGUGGUGGUGGUGGUGGUGGUGGUGGCGGCGCCCAGCACUCCCCCACUGCCACCCUCCUCCACUCCUGGGGCCAGAGCUCAGGGGCCACGCUGGGCAAGCUUGUGACCGAGCUCCGAGGGAUGGAGAGAGAGGACGCAGCUGUCGUGGUGAUGUGCGGCGCCCCCCUCUACCAACUCGCACCUCCGGACGAAGACACAACCUCAGACUCCCCUCCCAUAUCCUCCACCUCAGCCACCUCCACCUCCAACCUAUCCAGAUGAGGAGGAUCAGAAUCCCCUCCCGUCACCUGGAUGAAACCACACCCACUUUGGUGAUGGGAAGAGCAAGUCACGUUGAUGUUGGCUUCUCACGUUAGUAACUUAGUCUCUCGUUUUUUCCUUGUAUUACUUUGGUGAUUUAUGUGCGGAGGGUGAAUGAGGUGGUUCUUCAUGUUGUUAUAUAUUUGAAUUCUUGGUGCAGCACAAUGGUGGCUUCAGGCAAGUAGUUCUUUAUUGUUUCCGCUGUGCAUUAGUGGCUUGAAGCACGUCGCAUAUUCACUGGAAAGUAUGGAGCUCUGUUACAUGAGUUUUCUAGGAUUCUAGCAGGAAACUGGGAUGGCUGUUUUGUUUUAGGAUACCCCGAAUGUUGCAUGAAGCUUCUCAUACCACCAGUGCAACAGUCAGACAAGGCAAGUGCUGUCUGGUAUAUUCAAGGGGGAGGAUGAAGUUCUAUUACAUGAGUUUUCAAGGAUUCUAGCAGGAAACUGGGAUGACUGUUUUGUUUUAGGAUACCCCGAAAGUUGCACGAAGCUUCUCUUACCACCAGUGCAACAAUCCAGACAAGGCGUAUGCUGUCUGGUGGGGUGAUACGUGCCAAGUCUUAUGUAUAUUUUAAUUGUGAUGCAUUUAAAAUUUGAACCCUGUGUGGAUGAUUCAGUACGUCACUUCUGGGCGAGCGUCCCAAAAUUCAGUGAUAACUUUUAUAGCGUAACUUUCGCUUCUUUUUACUGUAGGAGAAUCUGCUGACACUAAAGCUUCUCUUAAGACUUAGUGUGUGUGUGUGUAAGUCCAGCCUGCACUUCUGCCUGCCUAGUAAGAGUGGCAGUUAGACUUUAAGAAUCGCCUAUAGGAUAUUUACGCCACUCUGACCUCACUGCAUCAUUACUGGCCCAACACUACACAGACCUUGGCCCAUACUCGCAGACGCUUCCGGCUCCCACAACAAACAUUUUCAAACCCCACAAAGGAGAUAAGUCUGAUUUUCACGAGCUCACAUUCAUGGUAUACAGAAGGGUUAUCAAGCUAUCACUAGGCUCGUAAAACUAUCCAUGGAAGUACCCGCGACCUCUUCAAAAGCCACAUUCAUGGUGUACAGAAGCAUUAUCAAGCUAUCACUAGGCUUGUAAAACUACCCAUGGAAGUACCCACUACCUCUACAAAAGUCACAUUCAUGGUAUACAGAAGCAUUAUCAAGCUAUCACUAGGCUCGUAAAACUACCCAUGGAAGUACCCGCGACCUCUACGAAAGCCUUAUCAAAUGUGGGUGUGUGAGCUCCGAAAGGUUUGUGAAUAUGGGCCCUAGACAGCUGUUGUGUUAGCCCCUGAAUAGGCCAGCAAGCCUCUGUGUCACCCACCACAGCAAUGCAUUCCACUACACCUUAGGAUUCAUUUCGUUAUGUUUUCCUGUAUGGACCAAAGCGCCUCCUCAGAGCGUUGUGAUAUUAGCUGUGAGAGCCUGCCUAGGACCUUAGCAUCAGCCCGCCAGCCAUGCCUUAGUGAGACCCCUGCACAAAGCUGUUAGUGGACUCUGUAGUUGCUUUUGAUACAGAUCCCGAAGGCCGACUGCUAGUGUUCCCAGGCGUCCACCCAUUUCACUCAUUUGAGGCCCCCCUUGAGGUUCUUGAAGGCGGCGUAAACUGUAAACUGCGGUGGGGAUUGAGGCCUUUCCAUUGAUGUUCGUUGUUACUCGUCCCACUUCACUAUUACCAUCACGUCACUUGUCCAUUGAGUGUACGUGUGUGUGUGUGUAUUUCGUUUCUUUCCCUUGGAGUUUUCUUAGGUAUUAAGUGUGUAGUGGUGCUCCAGCCUUACUUUGUGGUAGUGACUUAGCUAGGGUGGUGUGUUAGUGUGGGUUCUGAGUAGCUUUUCUAUCGACACUGACUCCAAACAUGACAGUAGCUGGUUAAACUUAGCAUUCUAGUCCACUUUAGUAUUAAUGGCAGAAAAAAGAGAGAGAAAAAUCACUUACUAAUAAUAUUUCUAGUAACUGAGGUUGGCACAGUUCUUAAACUCACUCCACUCUUUGUAAAAACACUGGAUAUUUCUGGUAAGCUAAGUGGGGAAGGUUCUAAACUCAUUUCACUUUGUACGUUUUAAGCUGUUUCAUAUCGGGUUUAGGGGAAGAAACUUAUUAAGUCGAGUGUUUACAACGAUAUUUUAAGCAUGCUGAUACGUGGAUAUUUCUGGCAAGUUAAGUUGGGAAGGUUCUAAACUCAUUUCACUUUGUAUUAAACUGUUUCAUAUCGCAUUUAGGGGAAAAACCAUUAACGUUGAGUGUUCACGAGCAUGCUGGUAGCUGGUUAUUUUGCCAGGUUAAGUUGGGAAGGUUCUAAGCUCAUUUCACUUUGUAUUAAACUGUUUCAUAUCACGUUUAGGGGAAGAAACUUAUUACGUUGAGUGUUUACAAGGAUAUCCUAAGCAUGCUGGUACGUGGAUAUUUCUGGCAAGUUAAGUUGGGAAGGUUCUAAACUCAUUUCACUUUGUAUUAAACUGUUUCGUAUCGCAUUUAGGGGAAAAACUAUUAACGUUGAGUGUUCACGAGCAUAUCGUAAGCUUGCUGGUAACUGCUUAUUUUUGGCAAGUUAAGUUGGUAAGGUUCUAAGCUCAUUUCACAUUGUAUUAAACUGUUUUGUAUUGCAUUUAUGGGAAGAAACUUAUUACGUCGAGUGUUUACAAGGAUAUCCUAAGCAUGCUGGUACGUGGAUAUUUCUGGCAAGCUAAGUUGGGAAGGUUCUAAACUCAUUUCACUUUGUAUUAAACUGUUUUGUAUCGCAUUUAGGGGAAAAACUUCUUAUGUUGAGUGUUUUCGAGCAUAUCUUACUUAAGCAUGCUGAUACGUGGAUAUUUCUGGCAAGUCAAGUUUGUAAGGUUCUUAACUAAUUUCACUUCAUGUUCAGAUGUUUCGUAUCACGUUCAGAAAAAAACUAAUGACGUCGAGUGUUUACUAGCAUACCCUGAGCAUGCUGGAUGUUUCUGGCAAGUCAAGUUAAUAAGGUUCUAAACUAAUUUCCCUUAUUAACACGUUUUGUAUCACCCUUAGGAAAAAAACUUACUACUUUGAGUGUUUAUGAGCAUAUUUUAAGCAUGCCGUUCAGUGGAUAUUUCUGGCAGGUUGAGUUGAGUAAGAUUCUAAAGCUCAUUUCACGUCGCAUCAAGAUGUUUCGUACCGCGUCUAUGAAAAAACUAAUUACGUCAAGUGUUUACGAGCAUACCCAAAGCACCUUAGUGUCACCUGGCGGCCAAGACAGGUGGAGGUGUGCCAGGCUGUCAGGUGGUGAGUUAUCUUGGGCCACCAGAGGAUUAGAUUCACCCGCCACUGUGUCACUCCUGCUUAGCGAUACCGAGUGAAAAACAGUCUCAGUGCUAGCUAAAAAAGAUGUGAUUAUAUAGGUUAGAAGUCUUUGUUUUUGUAUUUGCUUGUAUUCUAGGGGAGUGUGUAUGAUUAGGUUAGGUUAGGUAAGGGUAUGAUACAGUUGGCCCUUCAUUUAGCGCGUUUUUCUUUAUGGACUUCCCGGUUACAUGCCCUUCACACACACACAAAAGUCCCACCAGUCACAAAAUGAUAAAUCCCUUUGAAAUAACACCUCCAGUUAGCCUGAAUUUCUUGGGUACUUAUUUUGUGGACUUCUCUGUAACAUGCCCUUGAGCUGUCUCCCUUCACACACACACACAAAAGUUCACACCAGUCACAAAAUGAUAAAUCCCUUUGAAAUAACACCUCCAAUUAGCCUGAAUUUCUUGGGUACUUAUUUUGCGGACUUCUCUGUAACAUGCCCUUAAGCUGUCUCCCUUCACACACACACACACAUGCAAAAGUCCUGUCAGUCACAAAAUGAUAAAUCCCUUUGAAAUAACACCUCCAUUUACCCUGAAUUUCUUUGGUACUUAUCUCGCACUAAAUCAAGGGUCUACUGUAGUGUGAAUGGUUUUAUGCUGCUUUGAUUUCCCACUUUUUUAGCUCUUAAGGGAGACACAAAGAGCUCCUUGAUGUGAUUGCAGGUGAGGUGGUUCCUAAGCCAUGAAGGAGAUGCUAAGGAACGCCUAAUUAAUGAAGACAACCUUUUUUCCCCUCUUUCAGGUGUCCCUAACUCUAUUUAUUCUUGGUGCCAUUUAGCCUUUACAAUUUUUGGAUAUGAUUUUUUUAGUUUACUCAAGAUUGCAGCUGUGAUUUUUCCAUAUCAUCUGAGCACUGUAUGUUGUUAUUUUUGGUAGUAUAGUUUUACACAUGUUCGUAAAUAUAUAUCGUCACGUAACAACCCGGUGAUGUGCCCCGGGGCUGAUGGAUGCAGUGGAGGGUGUGUCAGGAGUUCCCAGCACACGGUACAUUACAGGAGAACUGCCAGCCCUGUUUUGGUGAACUUAUUUAAGGCUUUGUGUUCAUGUCGAGAAUUAUUCCAGGCAGAUAAUUUUAAGCCGUUCAUUCGUAUUUGUUGUUUUAUGUAGCGGUAAGCCAGAGAGGGCGUCGAGUAGUGUUCACAGAGUGUAUUGGUGAAGCAGUAAACACAAAGCUGUCCGGAGGUGGCACUGUGAACUUUGUGUUGUGAGGCGACGGCUCUGUGAGGGUGGCUGUCCUGGCCUGGCUGGGUCGGCGCCCGCUCGCCCGCCUCCCUCAAGUUGUGAUGAGGUCGUGUGUGUUGUCCUUACGUUAUCAUCGUUGUGUUCCGUGUUCAAUAAGGUAUUGGGUUUAAAGUUACAGAGUUUUACUUUUUUGCUUUGCAUUUUAAUGGAAAAGCAUAAACAUGUGCUUCAAGAUUUUGUGGAGUUUUCAUGUCUAUGUUAAAAAGAAUGUUUCCUGGUGCAUGUGAAAAGAUAUUUUGCUUUUGUCACAUUCCAUUACCUUUUAGUGUGUCUUGUCUUAUGUCAGUGUGUCUGGGUGCCAUAAGCACUUAUUUAUUGCUUUUAUACACAUUAAAUGAAACAUAUUUA